AUGGCGUGGCACUCGUUCUUGCCGAAACUCACAGUCCCUAAGAAGGUGGUCUUUGAGAAUGGCAAACUCAAUGCGCUCUGGUACUUCCUCCACCUGCCCCUCAUAGGAUAUGCUACGAUUCUCUUCGCAGUCCAGAAACAGUAUUCCGAAGUGAUCAGCAACUCACCGUUUCUGAUGGUAAAUGUGGAUCCUUUGGACGCCAUGCCCUACAUGUUUGGAGCGGUCUCGAACGUCAGUGAAGAUCCAUCCAUUCUGUCAUGGUGCGCUGCAGCCGGUGGACCAUAUUUGUGUGACUCCAAUGCGGUCAUCCAGGCUGCUUGUGUGGAACUGCUGACCGAGAGCAUCCUGUCCGCGGUCCCCGGAUUGUCGAUGCUCUCGUUUUGUACCCGACUCUGCGACCUGGAUAAGCUGGAUGCCCUUGAUUGCCUCGUGCCCCCAUCAUUAUUUCGUCCGCAAGGUAGUACUUCCCUCCAGAUCACCACCUACACUGCCUUCAACCAAGGUCUAUUCACUGGAGGGAACAGGAACAUCCUGGUGCACUUGCAUCCCUUACUUCGUUUUGCCCCUGUGACCUUUAGCUAUUCGUUCCAAAUGUCAAGAUCUGCUCCGUAUUUUUUUGGAACCGACCCUGGCAUUGCUGAACGAAAAACAGGUGCAGAUGCAUAUACGGUUGCUGUCACAAGCGAGGAGAAGGUUUUGAUGAUCUUCACACCGGGAGAACGAGUCAUCAUUCCCCCUCCAAGCAUAGUGGCACUGGCUGGCCUGCCAUGGGAUGCGACAGUGAUGUUGGCGGGCGGCGAGUUCUAUGCAGUGGUGAACUGCUACACUGACGGUUUUGAUUUGCCUACAGCCCUUGAUUGGUCCGGCCAUUCUACCCUUGAGCCAAGCCCGGAAAUUCCAGUUUGCUUGUUGACCGUGGAUCAGCUGCGACCAGCUUCUGGUUACAAAAUGGCGGACACUUUGUCGGAUAUGGCACAAGCAGCUGCCCAGAUUCGGGUGGAUACGGGAAGAGGCGAUAGCUUUCAUCGCUUGCCCUCCCUUUCAGCCAUUGUGUUGAACCUUAUCUCCCUGGUAGUCUUGCUGAAAUUUCCGACCAUUUUGACAAUUGUCUUUGCCACAAAUUGCCUCGGCUCUCUCUCGAAUGUCUACAAGCGAGCUCACCAAGAGACCAUGGACAUCUCGACUCGAGUUGCUCAGCUGGCACUUCGUUUACUGUCGGACACUACGAUACUGGGUCAACUCGUGGAUCCCAAAACUGGCACAGGUGUCUCCAAAGCGAAAUUGAAGGAGCAGCUUUGCAUCAUCCUGCAGAAGGUUGUGCCAUCAAAAGAGGAGCACGAGAUACUGGCAGAAGACUUGUCAGAGCACAUCUUCAAAACCUUGAGGAAAAUGCCACAAGGGCACAAGAAUUUGGAGGAAGAGAUGGCCCAUGGCAGUCAUUUGGCCAACUUGAUGUCCAUUGGCCAAACUGUCAACGUCCAGGAUCUGUGUGCGUACUUUGACACUUCGCGGCGACGGUCCUGGUUGGAGUGGUUCACACUGCCCUCUUCUCAGCGAAAACUCUUGAGAGAGAAGAAAACUCGCGAAGCAAGCAAGCAAGAUGACACCGUGGAACCCGAACCUAGUGAUAUCAAGGCACAGGCUUCAUCCCUCUCAAGACUCAGCGCAGCAAGUUCUCAGUCAGAAGUUUGCGUCGAAGUUUCAGAUGGCGAACACCUCCUGGAGGUCCAGGCUCUUCAAAACGAAAUCGACCUGUUGAUCGGUCAAGUGCGGACGAUCAAGGAGCGUCAAACGGAGGAGGAUCGCGAAGAACAAAGGCAACAAGAGGUGGAGGAGCGAGUGCAGCAUCUCUAUGUCGCUAUGGAGAAUCUUCUUCAGAAGAUCGACGGCAUUGAAGCAGAUGAUGCGGCAGACGUUUCCAGAGCAGGCUUGGCGACCUUGAAGAAAGGGACCCAAGAUCUGGAAGCCCGCGUGUUGCAGUUUGAGGAGGAGAACGUUAGGCUUUCUGAUCAGAUUCAGGCCCUGCACGACUGGGCUGAUGCUCGUCAAACCGAAGCAGUCAAGGAGCUCGAAAAGGAAACGAAAGCCACGGUGGCGAUUUCCAGCGCUGUCGGAAGGGAGGAGACGCGGGAGACGGCCGGAAGGGAGGAGACGCCUGUCAGUGCUGUCAGGGCUGUCAGCCCUGUCAGAGCUGUCAGAGCCAGUCCUCUCCGGAUGCAACAGGAGAGAACCUGA